AUGUUUAAUUUUGAUUCAUUUCGUCAAGAUGUUGCAAAUUCGUUGGAGACCUUUUUGCAAAUGGAGCUGACCACCGACUUUCUCCAUGCAUACAAGCGACAGGUGGCAUGUUUGCAUGUUAGGCCCAUAUUUUUGGUUCACAAGAAAGUUGACCUCCUUGAUCUGGGUGCCUAUUUCGACUGGAAUACAGCCACCGAUUUUGAUUGCUCUGACGUUGAAGAUGAUAUAGAUGAUAGUGAUGGAGAUGACCAUGAAUUAGGAAAGAAAGAGGAUGGCCACUGGCGGAGAUGA